AUGAAUGGUGAUGUCGACAGGAAGCAAAUUUUGACCUCCUUAUCCAAUGAGUUGACUUUCAACGAUUUGAGAGAUGCCCAGAGAAGACACAAAAGAGGGGAGAUGACUACUUCUACAAACAUCGCAGCUGUAGCGGUACGGUCAUCCACCACACGGUCUGCUCUGCAAAGCGUCCAGCUCGAGAACACAGACUGGAACGUUCACGACAACGUGAAAACCCUGCGAGCGAACAUCCUGCAGGCCAGCCGAGAAAAGGACAAAGAUCUCGGUGUGAACAUCUACAAACUCUUGAACGACCGGACCCUUCCGGGAAUUACGAAGCCGCAUGUGUUCACGCAGAGACUUCGGCUUUUCAGAUGCUUCCGCGACAAGUUCCACGCCGACGGUGCCUUUGAUAUGGAGAAGGCUUUGCAAGACAGCUGGCCAUGCCAUGUUCUCAAACCGGGCUGCUUGUGGCGAGAAGGCGAUGAACACGACAGCCAGGUGAACAUCGUGCUGCAGGCCGGGCCAAACACGAUCCGCUACAUGAAGGUCUUCAAGAUCGACGACAUCGACGGUGACAUGGAAACCUUUGCUCUUGAUGUAAGAGACCUCAACGUUUAUGAGACGACGGACUUCCGCAUGGACAGGGGGUCAGUUUCGGCAGUGAAAGCUGUUGUGCACGAUGACUAUGGCCUUCUGAUCCAGGUGGUGGUCUGGACAACUGCAGCCCUCUUCAUGGUGGAGCACACCAUCACCAGUAUCCCGGCUGGAGUUCUGAUUGCCUACGGUCGGACCAUUGGCUUGUCUCUUCAGAAGGUCAACCAACGAACCAGAGUGAGCAAAAUCAUGCACUACCACGAGAUCCCCGACGAGGUCAUCGACGAAACGCUGCAGCACAUUCCUGUGAGAGAGCCACGAGAGAAGAAGGACUUUCUUAGCCCUGUAGACAGAACAAAAAGUAAAGAACUCCUGCUCUGUAUUUUCCACUCCCUGAAGGAUUCUGCGGUGCCAGAGUCCGACAGCGACUCUGAGGACGACGAACAUCAAAAUUUCGUCGAGGCCAUGAACUACAACAUCGAAGAGGAUGAGGACGACGAAAACGCGCAAAAUGUGGAGGAAGCUGGCAAGGACGACCAAGCUGAGCCUGCUGGACAGGGUCUUGAUCGCGGUGAGCCUGGUGAAGGUCAUGCGGUGCCGGAGCUCCGAGCUGUGGCUCAGCUGGAGAGGGCCUCAUCUUCCGAUGGUCCCCAGUCGCGAGGUCCUCACAACUUUGUUGUUCCCGCGGAUCAGCUGGCGCCCGGCUGCAGAGGCUACGUAGGUCAACCUGACGGUGAGGCUCAAUCGCCGUUCUUGCAAGUCAAAAUCAUACCUCCUUUGUUUUACCAGAAGAAGAAAUCCAGAGCUUUCAGUUUCGUGCCGCCGGGUCAGAGACCAUUUGCGAAGAGCACUCAACGAACAUUCGAGGAAGCUUGCCGAUGUGCGAUCACAUGGUCGUAUGAAUUCUUUAACCAUUUGACAGCAGCUCAGCAGGAGGAGAUACGAGCCAAGUACCCGCCGCUGGAUUUGCCAAAGGCGAACUCAGACCAGAAACGUGCUGGCAAUGAGCCUUCCGCUGAGCCGGAGGCAAAGAGAGUAGAAGCCGGGUAUGGAAGUGUCCUGAACUGUGAAUGGGAGGAAGAAGAGGAGGAGGAGGAGGAGGAGGAGGAGCGUUUAGCUCAGGAGAAGCUGGGCGUUGGGGUGCAGAAGCUGUUCGACUUCUCUGGCGUAGCACUGUCAGAGAAGGCGACCGUGCAGGAAGUUGGGCUGCAGGACGGCGCGACGCUGAGCGCUGUGGUCCGGAAGGCGCAGCUGGUCUCCACCCGCGUAUCCUUUGCCCUGCUCCGGAAGGAGGGGACGGUAGUGACCUGGGGAUCGGCAGCCUCGGGGCAUUGGGACAAAGAUCUGCCCCUGCAGGACGUCUUGCGCCUCCGCGGCUCCGGUGCUGCCUUCGCGGCGCUGCUUUCGGAGGGCUCCGUGGUGACCUGGGGAGACCCACGGUCUGGGGGCGACAGCAGCGGCGUGCAGACGCAGCUCCGGGACGUGAGGGAGAUCUUCGCAACGCGCUUCGCCUUCGCUGCGCUGCUGGGAGACGGAUCCGUGGUCACCUGGGGCCACCCAAAGCUCGGUGGCGACAGCAGUGCUGUGAAAGAGCAGCUCUGUGAGAUACAGCAUGUGCACGGAUCUCAUCAGGCAUUUACGGCCAUCCGGGGUGACGGAUCGGCCAUCAUGUGGGGUAUCGCCGCGCAUGGUGAUCCGUUGCACAGUACGGUGAAGGAUCAGCUGAGAAGUGUUCGGCAAAUCCAAGCUUCGGCCAGUGCAUUUGCUGCUAUCCUGGCCGACGAAACCGUGGUGAGCUGGGGAAAUUUGCUGGAUGGCGGGGACAGCAGCGCAGUGCAACACAAGCUGAAACAUGUACAGAAGCUGAAAGCCACCUUGCGCGCCUUUGCCGCCAUUCUGUCCGAUGGCUCGGUCGUUACCUGGGGCAGUGCACGCCAUGGUGGUGACAGCAGCACAGUGCAGGAGCAGCUGACAAGCGUGCAGGAUAUCCAAGCCUCAGCAGGUGCAUUCGCAGCCAUCCGUGCCGACGGUUCCAUAGUCUCCUGGGGAUCCCCCGACAUGGGUGGCAACAGCAGUGCCGUGCAGUCGCAGCUGUGCCAGGUGCGACAGCUCCAGGCCUCCGAUCGCGCCUUCGCUGCCAUCCUCAGCACCGGCCAGGUGGUGGCCUGGGGGGAUGCCUGCUACGGUGCUGACACCACCUCGGUGUCCGAGCAGCUUUCGGGGGUGGAGCAACUCUGCGCCUCGGCUGGGGCCUUCGCUGCACUCUGCGCCGAUGGAAAUGUGGUGACCUGGGGCGCCCCUGACUUCGGCAGUGACAGCAGCCCGGUGCUCCAGCAGCUUCGAAAAGCAGGACUUUAUUACAAGUUUGUCCCGGGGCCGCCAUCGGCGGCUCCGCACGAUUGCCAGUCACUGUCGAAGACAGCAGACAUCGGAGUUCUGAUGGUUCGCUCGGCUGAGCGGGAUAUGAAUGCCGUGCAAGCCGUUUGUGACCAGGUGCAUGACGAGUUGAAGGAUGUGGCUACUGGGUCCGGAUGCAAGUUCGUGUAUCAUAAGCAACUCGGUGGCAUUGUGGGGAAAUGCAUGAGCCUCGUCAGCUGGUUGGAAGGGCGCUGCGGAAGCAUCGUGCUCGUCGCGGACUGGCGGGAAGCAAAGCCUAUCAUGGACUGGCUCAACACGCAAGAAGACGGAGUCAACCUCCGCAUGAUAGUGGUCGCGCAGUCCGAGAAGAUCUUUCGCCGUGCUUCUACCUGGGCAAGCCACCAGAAGACAGCUUGGGACAUUCUGGUGACGCCUGGUUUCUCUCGUUCGAUCAUAAAGGAGAUGGUCGCAAGCCACACGCAUGCCGUGCAGGCCACGGAAGUAGCAUCUGAAAAUGGCGAGCUCGACGUGCCCGUGCCUACGCCCUUGUCUUUGCCCAGUCUUCUCAAAGCAGUCCAGGACCCCGAGCAGUCUGCUUUGCUGGAGAAAAUCAUUCUGCAGCACAUGUGGCAAACUUACGAGGACUGA